CCAUUUCCCUCCCACUCCUUCCACCACUCGGACACGGAGCCGCGGAGGGGAGAGAGAGAGAGACUGGGAGGGACCCCACGGCGUGCCGUCGCAGCUGCAGCUCCCCAGAAACUGCCGUCGCCUUUCCCCCCGGCCAAAAGCAAGGGGAACCAACGGCAAGCAGCGCCUCCCCCGAGCCCCCCCUCCCCUCCCCGGUCGACCCCGGCGCGUGUGGCCCCUCCCUCCUCCUCCACUCCGCCCAAUCCAGUCCCCUGCGAGGCCAAACCCUUCUUCGCCCAGCCCCCACCGGUCCCGCGGCGGCGAGGCGGGAGGUGAGCGCGUAGGGGGAGCCUGUACCGUCGGGGGCCGAGAUGUUCGCGAGCAGGCCGGCGGUGCACCCGGUGGAGGCGCCGCCGCCGACGGAUCCGGUGGAGCAGCCCACGGGGGUGCUCAUGAAGGACCUGCCCGGGAUGCCCGGCACGGCCGGCGGCCUCGCGCUCCGCCUCGCGCAGUUCGCCUUCGCCGGAGUCGCCCUCGGCGUCAUGGCCUCCACCAACGACUUCCCCUCCGUCAGCGCCUUCUGCUAUCUUGUUGCAGCAACCAUAUUGCAAUGCCUAUGGAGCUUCUCGCUUGGGAUUGUUGAUAUCUAUGCAUUGCUUGUUAAGCGUUGUCUAAGGAACCGCCGCGCUGUUUGCCUGUUCGCAAUUGGAGAUGGGAUCACGGCAGCACUCAUCUUCGGCGCAGCAUGCUCGUCGGCAGGCAUCACGGUCCUGAUCGACAACGACCUGAACAUCUGUGCCGAGAACCACUGUGGCAGCUUCGAGACCGCGACGGCGAUGGCAUUCAUGAGCUGGUUUGCUCUCACGCCCUCCUUCCUGCUGAACUUCUGGUCGAUGGCUUCCCGAUGAAAACAACGAGGAGGAAGAUAUAGCUUGACUUUUUGUGCGCCCAAUUACGGUUUAGCGACGUCUGGAUAGAGUGGCACAGCUAAUCGCAUUGUGAUCGGAAGCUGAUGUGCGCCUGUGGAGACACACACGUAUCUAGUACUGCACCUAUGUAAAAAGUGGAAUAGGUAAUUAAUGGCUUGUCUUGAACAUUGUGUUGCUAUGGAACUCUACUAGGAUUCUUUUGACCCAGGCAGACGUGUGCCCUAUAAAACGCUUGAUGUCCUGAACCAAACUGGUUGAGUUUUGCCCUGAA